AGGGGUUCCAGGGGCUCGAAGGGAUCCUAGUUAGCUUUUCUUCACUGUCACAUGAAAAUAUUUGAAUAAUGCUCGCUUUUGACUUUAAAAUUGUAGCAGUUCCAUUGCUGCUGCUGCUCCUUCUGAACUUAGCGAUGUCCAGAGAAGUUUACAUGUAUGUGGAUAUGUCGGGUAAACCAUGGGAAUUCGAGUUCAGGGGCAUCUACAACAACACCUUGCGGAGACGUGUAACACAAGUUGUCUAUAAUGGUCUCUGGACGGAUCCCAUGUUGAGAGGCAGGGAUCUGGAUGCUGCCUCUUGCUCAAGUCCUUUGAAUCAACUCAUCUCUCUGGCUGCUGCUACUGCUGCUGCAUCCUUUGUUAUAGUCUAGUGGGAGAGGGAGAUCGCCGCUAGCACACCCCUUUUUGACACGAAUCGAAAUCCUUAAAUCCAUUGCGUGUGCGACACUUCAGCACGCACGCACACACACACACACACAAACACACGCAUGCAACACUCCAAUAAAUGGCAAAAUAAUGAGCAUUCAAUUGAAUGGCAGUCCGGGACAAUGGCAUGGCUCCCAGGUAGCAGCUCUUCUCUAUACGUGGGAUAAUGAAAUUGGAUUCAAUGGAUAAAGAGUAAGGGGAGUGGCUCUUCUCUCUCAUAAUUCAACACAUUCAAUAAAUUCCAAAUGCAAAGCCAAAACAAAGGAAGUGCAGACGCAGAACUUCCGUUGCACCAACAAUUGAUUUGCA